AUGGCAUCUCUCAAUCCCUCUAAUCCGAUUCAACUAUUCUUCAGCUUAUAUCCAGAGUUCACCUAUGAUCCUUCUGGUCAAACCAUGGCUCAGUUCUGGGAGCUGAGCAACUUGUACGGCUGGGACCGAGAUAGUGACGAGAGAGCGGAUGCUCUUGCAAAAAUGCGAGAUGCCAUUGCGCAACAGUUCAAUGCGUUCUACGGAAGCGAUGCAGAUUCCUUGGAUGGAUGGUAUAACUUGUUCCAAGCAUUGCAAGUUCAGGACAUUCCAGAUACGGUCAAAGGUUGCAAAGAUCUUAUUAGGACAAUCCAUGUCAAUAUCUGCGACCUCGUCGACUAUUCUCUCGGCGAAGAAGACGACCCACCAGAGUUGCAUGUUUCACAGGAGGCUCUUGCUGAAUACAGUCGCCGUGAAGGAAAAAUCUACCCGCGCAAGGAUGCUUAUGCAGAAGGACUGCUAGGGUUCCUUCUGCGAGAGAUAACGGGAACCUAUCAAGGUAGACGGGGCAAAGGUGGCCAAAGGCAAGGAGGAAGAUCGAAUCGCCGAGGCCGUAUUUGA